AUAUCGUCGAUCAUCCUAUGAAGGAUCUGGAUGCGCCAAAUGGAUCCUACCAAACACGCAACACCAGUAUUGAUGAUGACGAUACAGCUUCCGAGGACCCUUAUGAGGCGGACGUGGAUCCUGAACCUCAAGACAUCACUUUCGAUCAGAUGAGACGAAGAGGCCUAUUACCGACAGGAUGCUGUUAUGAUGAUAGAAUGAAGCUGCAUAUGAAUGCUGAUUUCUCGCCCAACACGCACCAUCCAGAAGACCCUCGUCGCAUCCAUGAGAUUUUCAAGGCUUUCAAGAAAGUUGGCCUCGUCUACACUGGCCCCGAAGCAGAGCUGCCGAGGAUCAUGAGAGAGUGUCCAACACGCUACAUGUGGCGCAUACCUGCUCGGGCCGCUACUCGAGAGGAAAUCUGCCUGGCUCAUUCCCCGGAGCACUUUGACUGGGUGGAGCGUUUGGACAAGAUGAGCACCGCAGAACUGCGCGAUCUAACGAAGCAAUACGACCAGGGACGAGAGUCCCUUUACGUCGGCAGUAUGUCGUAUCCAGCCGCACUUCUUUCGGCCGGAGGAGCUAUCGAAACCUGCAAGAAUGUUGUGAUCGGGCAAGUCAAGAAUGCGUUUGCUGUGAUUCGACCACCCGGUCAUCACGCCGAGUGGGAUGGGCCUAUGGGUUUUUGCUUUUUCAACAACGUCCCUGUAGCAGUUAGGGUCUGCCAACAAGACUACCCAAAGAUCUGUCGCAAAGUCCUCAUCCUGGAUUGGGACGUUCACCACGGAAACGGCGUGCAGAACAUAUUUUACAACGAUCCCAAUGUUCUAUACAUCUCCCUCCACGUCUAUCAAAACGGCAUCUUCUAUCCUGGUAAACCUCCCAACUCCAUGACCCCAGAUGGAGGCAUCGAGCACUGCGGCAGCGAGGCUGGUCUUGGCAAGAACAUCAACAUUGGAUGGCAUGAUCAAGGUAUGGGUGAUGGCGAAUACAUGGCCGCAUUCCAAAAGAUCAUCAUGCCUAUCGCCAAAGAGUUCGAUCCAGACCUUGUGGUUAUUUCUGCAGGCUUUGAUGCCGCUGAUGGUGACGAGCUCGGAGGCUGCUUUGUCUCUCCCGCUUGUUACGCUCACAUGACACACAUGCUGAUGUCCUUGGCGGAUGGCAAGGUUGCUGUGUGUCUGGAGGGCGGCUACAACCUCAAGGCCAUUUCUGUGUCUGCGGUUGCUGUUGCGAAGACUCUAAUGGGUGAGCCUCCGCCUCGAUUGGAGCUACCCAAGAUCAACAAAGAAGCGGCGCGAAUCCUUGCCAAGGUCCAGUCGCUCCAAGCCCCCUAUUGGGAAUGUAUGCGACCAGGAGUUGUCAAUGUUCCUGAGAUACAAUCACUCAACUCCUCCCGGCUACACGAUGUGAUCAGAAAUGCCCAGAGACAAGUGCUGCAGACAAAGCACAACAUGAUACCUCUGUACAUCCAACGCGAGAACCUGUACAAGUCAUACGAGAACCAGGUACUAGUGACACCAGGUCUCCACGAAGCGAAGAAGAUUCUCAUCAUUAUUCACGAUCCGCCUCAGCUUUUGGCGCAGCCAGAUGUGAUAGAUUCGACUCUCGACCCGCAUAAUGCUUGGGUUGUUGAUGGUGUGACGGACUACAUCGACUGGGCCAUUGAUCAGAAGUUUGGUGUUAUGGACAUCAACAUCCCUGCUUAUGUCACUCACGACGAGGACUCGGACGCCCAUAUUCCUAGCUUCAAAGAGCAGGCUCUGACGGAACAAAUCCAAACGCUUGUUUGCUAUUUGUGGGACAAUCACCUACAGCUUUACGACGCUGAUGACAUCUUCAUUAUGGGUGUCGGAAACGCCUAUCUUGGUGUGAAGUCGAGAAUAACGGGCGUUGUCAACUUUGCCAAUGGGACUCUCCGACCAAUUAAGUCAGAUAUCGACACGGACCUAUCCUCGUGGUACAAAGAAAACUCUCGAGUCUUUAUCGCGGGAGAUCAUGCUUGCUGGGCUGACGCUAGCUUAACGAAAAAAGUUAAUAAACGACGAUUCGGGUCUGUCGUGCGCAGUCCCAUGUUUGGCCUGAACAAAAUGAUGGCACAUCAUGCAAAAGAGGCACGGGAGUGGAUUCUAGAAAGACUAGAAGGAGGGUCGGAUGCAGACAUGACAACCGAAGAGAAGUAAUAGUAUGAGGAAGACGGUGUG